AUGGGCAGCAUUGUCGUCACAGCGCAAGAGGCACGAUUGUUAUGUCGCGCGAACCGAUUGACCAACACAGCUGGAAUCGCACCAGGAUAUCUGCAAGCUAAUCUAUUGGUAUUACCAGCGCGAUAUGCGGUCGAUUUCCAUGAUCUGUGCCUCCGGAAUCCCGUUUCGUGUCCCUUGUUAGGCAAGACCAUUAUCCCAGGCGAUGCCCGUUCUAUCGAGCCCGCGGCCUGCAUUCAGUCUGCCGAUUUUGACAUUCGAACCGAUUUCCCGCGAUAUCGAGUAUAUCAAGGUGGGAAGUAUUUGGAGACUCGUCAAGAUCUGCUUGAUGUAUGGAAGUCCAGCCAUGUGGGAUUCUUGAUAGGAUGCUCGUUCUCGUUCGAAGAUGCACUCACGGCCGCUGGUUUACAACCCCGACACCAGCAGACCAACACCAUUGUCGCAAUGUAUCGAUCGAAUAUUCCUCUAUUGCCAGCGGGAAUUUUCACUGGGGCCAAUUGCAUUGUCUCAAUGCGUCCAUAUCAACUAGACCAGAUCGACCGUGUACGAGAAGUCACACGUCCGUAUCUUUCCACCCACGGCGAGCCCGUGGCUUGGGGCUGGGAUGGAGCCAAGCAGCUGGGAAUUGUCAACAUUGACACGCCCGACUUUGGAGAUCCACAGGUGUUCAAGGAAGGGGAGGUUCCCGUAUUUUGGGCAUGCGGUGUGACUCCGCAAAUGGCGGUUGAGGCAGCCGGUCAUCAAAUAGACGGACUUGUCUUUGCUCAUGAGCCAGGGCAUAUGCUAGUCACUGACUGGACCUCUGCCGAUUUAUCAAAGCUACGACCAGGGAGCUUCUGA